AUGUAUACAAUAUUCUUUGUCCUUGCCGUCUACUUUGCCGUAUUCCCAGGAGACCAUGGUCAUUACAGUGGUGAUAAGUAUGAUCUGACGGGAUAUCAGGGACUUUUCUUAUCUAAAGAUGACAUAAAGGGGUUAAAAGAGGACAUGGGCUCCCUCAUGCUGGCAACAAUUAAAGACAAGGAUCGUACCUUUCGUUUCAAUCCCGGAAACAGACAGGAGAAACCUUCCAGGAACAGGAAGGAGAAAGCAGAACAAGAAUGUCCAGAACGAUCGAAAAGGCGAACAUGUCCUUCCUGUUGUCAAACACAAUGGGUAGCAGACCGCGUGUGGAAGGUGGAUUACAACAACACAGUUUACAACGUGGUGCAGACAAGGAACAAUUACCAGAUCAUCUUCCAGGGCGUCUGUUCAUGCAGCAACUGCGGGCCUGUAAUAAUCUGUGGCGAAGAGAAUUCGUUCUUCACGCCAAUCAUGGUGGAAGACGGUGAACGUCCAAAGAAUGGCUCUCUUCCAGCCGUCCGCUUUCUACCCUUGCGGAUAUCUCGCUUCUGUCAGUGUUCCAAGGGAGCAUGGAUCGUGUAAAUGUCGCUAUGUCUUUCGAACAGGAUCAAGUAAGCGUU